CUGGAACGCGUCGUACAUUCACGCCCUUACUUUAAUCUAUUUGGUUCUGUUUCUUUUUCUUCUGUGUCUCAUAUUAUAUCCUUCCAUAUUUGCUGUCAAAAACCUUUUAAAAGUCUUAUUAUUAUUUUACUUGCUCAUCUCCUUGUAUUAAGAAUCUUGUUUUGAGUUUUUGUGAAAGCGUUACUCUUUAAAUAAUCAACAAACUCGUUGGCUCUGCAAAACCCUCAUGCAUGUGCUAAGUUCCAAGGUUAUGUUCUUUUGAUCUCUCUGUAACAAUUUCGAAAAUGGCGGAUAUAUACGAGCACCAAGUUCCUGAGAAGCUUCGCGGGAAGUAUCAAGCAAUGAUUGUCUACUGUAUUCUUGGAUUUGGUUCUCUUAUUUCUUGGAACAGUAUGCUCACUACAGCAGAUUACUACUACAAAGUUUUCCCGGAUUAUCAUCCUUCAAGAGUACUCACACUUGUAUACCAACCGUUUGCGUUUGGAGCAAUCGUGAUCCUCGCAUACCACGAAUCGAAAACCAGUACUCGAAAACGUAACCUGAUUGGUUACAUUCUAUACACAAUAUCCACAUUCUUGCUCAUAGUUUUGGAUUUGGCAACAAAAGGACGUGGUGGAUUCGGACCUUAUACCGGUUUAUGCGCAGUCGUUGCUGCUUUUGGCCUCGCGGAUGCUACCGUUCAAGGAGGAAUGUUCGGUGAUUUAUCACUGAUGUGCCCUGAACUAGUUCAGUCAUACAUGGGAGGUAUGGCUGUAGCUGGUGCGCUAACAUCAGCGCUUAGGCUAAUAACCAAAGCAGCUUUUGAGAAAUCAAACAAUGGUCUACGAAAAGGGGCAAUGAUGUUCUUAGCUAUCUCCACAUGCAUAGAGUUACUAUCUGUGAUGCUAUAUGCUUAUGUGUUACCGAAACUCCCGAUUGUUAUGUAUUACCGAAGAAAAGCCGCUUCUCAAGGAUCCAAAACUGUUUCUGCUGAUCUUGCUGCUGCGGGUAUCCAAAAUCAAUCAGACUUGAGUGAUGAUGAUUCCAAGAAUCAAAGGCUAAGCAAAAAAGAGCUGUUGUUUCAAAACAUAGACCAUGCAGUAAAUUUAUUCCUCAUCUACGUUUGUACAUUAUCCAUUUUUCCCGGGUUCUUGUAUGAAAACACAGGACAACACGGGCUAGGUGCUUGGUACGCACUUGUCUUAGUAGCGAUGUACAAUUGUUGGGAUUUGGUCGGGAGGUACACACCACUGGUUAAAUGGCUCAAUAUUGAGAAUAGAAAAUUGAUCACAAUUGCGGUUUUGUCACGUUAUCUCCUCAUUCCGGCGUUCUACUUCACUGCGAAAUAUGGUGAUCAAGGAUGGAUGAUUAUGCUCGUUUCUGUUUUGGGAUUGACUAAUGGACAUCUCACUGUUUGCAUUAUGACUAUAGCUCCUAAAGGAUACAAGGGUCCGGAGCAGAAUGCGUUAGGGAACUUGCUGGUGAUAUUUCUGUUAGGAGGGAUAUUUGCAGGAGUUGCUUUGGAUUGGUUAUGGCUUAUUGCAAAACACCAACUUUAUGUACUACACGAGAUCUUCUCUACGUCAACGACGUCGUUCUUUGUUCAGGCCCUUUUUUUGCUUUUUGGGAUCAAUCAUAAGUAGCUUUAACUACUAAAGUGAAUUCGAAGCAAAUAUUCUCUAGGAUCAUGAUUCAUGAACACCAGCUUCCUUCAUGGAACAUUCACAAGAUUGUACAAUUAUACGGUUUGGUUCGAUCUUUCUCAUAUAAUUGGUUUUCGUUUUGUUUUUUGUUUUUUUUUUAUUUUUAUUUUUUUAUCAAAUAAGCCUUGUGUUUCAUUCAGUCAAUCCCAUAAAAGCAAAGAUUACAAGAUUAUCAAGCAUUAAAAGGAUUACAAUAAACUUCAAAGACCAGAAACUAACAACAUAGAAGGAUAGAUAAGUUUGAUAAGUCAUAGAGGAUAGGAGAUCAAAGCAAUCAAGCAACAAGCCACAUGCAACCUCAAGGUGUGUCAUUGACAUAGAUACUUCCGCGAAUAAGUCGGGGAAUUUUGAAUUAGUCAUGAUCGAGAGAACUUGAUCUUGUGACGUUGAGAAAGUGUCAUUUGCCUUUUCGCUCACCGGUACGAAGCGCAAUGAAGACGUCGGGACUAAUGGUAAGAUAUCACAGAAGAUAAUGGCUUUUUUGGGUACGGGUUUAAUCUUAAGAUUUAAGAGAAAAAGAUAUAAAAGGUUGAAGAAGUUUGGAACCACCGCUCAUUGGAGACAAG